ACAAGAACCCCACUCCCUCCUCUCCCCCAUUCUCUUCUUCUUCUUUCUGAAAAUCGAAGCAUAACCCGCCCAGGAUUAGGGAUUGGAUCCCCUCCCCCCCCCCCCCCCCUCCCAUUUAUCUCUUUCGCUUUAGAUAUCUAUUUCGAUCUCGGCCUUGGUCGAUUGGUGGAGUGGUUCUUGAGCGGCGGACGUACCGGAAUUGUGUGGCACUGGGCGCGGCGGCAGCGGUGGCGGAGAUGAAACAAGCGGGGAGGAGGAGGGGCUUCUUCUCCACUCUAUGAUUGGAGCGGCCGGCGGCCUCGUCGCCCGCGUUGUCGUCUCGAGGGUGGUGGAGUGCAUGAGAGAUCGGCUUGAUCGGCUUCGGUGUUUAUAUUAUCCGGAGGAUUGGCGGUGGUCGGGGCGGGACUUCGGGCUGGUGAUCCGGGGCACGGGUAGCUGGGACAAAUGUGGCUGAUUUCCCGUAGAUCUUUCGGUUUCGAGAGAGAUUUGAGGAGAGACAUCAAGAACAAGGGAAAGAGUGGAACGUGAGGCAAGAAGAGGGAAAGGCGAGAUCUUGAAUCUUGGGGUUUGGAGAUCUGUGAAGAAAUGCAGCAAGAUCAUCGAAGGAAGAGUUCAUCAGAGAUGGAAUUUUUCACUGAAUAUGGUGAUGCCAAUAGAUACAAAAUUCAGGAGGUCAUUGGUAAAGGAAGCUAUGGAGUUGUGUGUUCAGCAAUUGAUACACAUACUGGUGAAAAAGUGGCAAUCAAAAAGAUACAUGAUAUCUUUGAACACUUAUCUGAUGCUGCUCGGAUCCUCCGUGAGAUUAAGCUUCUCAGGCUUCUAAGACAUCCUGACAUUGUAGAGAUCAAGCACAUUAUGCUGCCUCCAUCAAGAAGGGAUUUCAAAGAUAUUUAUGUUGUUUUUGAGCUCAUGGAGUCGGAUCUUCACCAAGUCAUCAAAGCUAAUGACGACUUGACAAAAGAACAUUAUCAGUUUUUUCUUUAUCAGCUUCUGCGUGCUUUGAAAUAUAUCCAUACAGCUAAUGUUUAUCAUCGUGAUUUAAAGCCCAAGAACAUACUGGCAAAUUCCAACUGCAAACUCAAAAUUUGUGAUUUUGGACUAGCGAGAGUUGCAUUUAGCGAUACCCCAACAACAAUAUUUUGGACGGAUUAUGUUGCAACCAGAUGGUACAGAGCUCCCGAGUUAUGUGGAUCAUUCUUUUCUAAGUACACUCCUGCUAUUGAUAUAUGGAGCAUAGGUUGCAUUUUUGCUGAGAUAUUAACAGGCAAGCCUUUAUUUCCUGGUAAAAAUGUGGUUCAUCAGUUGGACUUGAUCACUGAUCUUCUUGGAACACCUUCCUCGGAUACAAUAUCUCGGGUGCGAAAUGAGAAGGCAAGAAGAUACUUGAGCACUAUGAGGAAAAAACAGCCUGUACAAUUUGCACAGAAGUUCCCAAAUGCAGAUCCUCUGGCACUAAAACUUUUGGAAAGACUUUUAGCGUUUGAUCCUAAGGACCGGCUAACAGCUGAACAGGCAUUGACGGAUCCAUACUUCAAAGGCCUGGCCAAAGUGGAGAGAGAACCAUCUUGCCAACCAAUCACAAAGAUGGAGUUUGAGUUCGAGCGCCAGAGAGUGACUGAAGAAGACAUUAGGGAACUUAUCUUCCGUGAGAUAUUGGAAUAUCAUCCGCAAUUGCUCAAGGACUAUGUUAAUGGAACAGAGAGGACAACCUUCCUCUAUCCUAGUGCCAUUGAUCAAUUCAGGAAGCAAUUUGCUCACCUCGAGGAAAACGGUGGCAAAAGUGGGCCAGUGCUUCCAUCAGAUAGAAAGCAUGUUUCUCUUCCUAGGUCUACAGUUGUCUACUCUACUCCAUUUCCUCCCAAGGAACGGCCUAAUAUGGCUCUAUACAGAGACCGGCAACCCUCAGAUGAGGCACGUAAGAAUUAUCGAGAAACAGAAAGGUUGUCGGGAAAUAUGUCAAGGGCUUGGCAGGCACCUCAAAGGAUUCCAGCUACGAAGCCGGGAAAGCUUGUUGGCUCAGUAAUGCCAUAUGAGAAUGAAGGUCUCAAGGAUUCCUAUGAUCCAAGAAGGCUGAUAAGGAAUCCUGCGCUUCCACCGCAGCCUGUCAUUCCUCCAGUUUACUGUUUCCACAGGACCACGGGCAAGUCGGAGAGCUCUGACAGAGUCGCAGCAGAGGUGGAGAGGGAGUAUGUACAGCACAGACAACCCCAGCAGUUCAUACCUACCAAGAUGGCCCCAGACGUAGCUCUUGAUAUGAGGGCUUCGCCCUUCUUUCUUUCAGGAGGGAGGAAGGCUGAUCCAGCUGACAGGAUCACAAUGGAGUCAAACUUGCUGCAGGCAAGAUCCCCCUAUGGAAUUUCUGCAGCAGCAGCAGCAGCAGCUGCUGCUGCUGGUGCCCACAGGAAGAUCGGGGCCGUUCAAUUUGGAUUUUCAAGGAUGUAUUAGGCACUCAUCUGUAUGCCACAAUCAUUGUGCCCGCUCCGUUCCAACGGAUAAUGUAUGUACAUGCUCCAAGUGGAAAGAAGGGGAAAAAAUAGCCAAGGAAAAGAAGAAGAAAAAAAAUUACAUGAAGUGGCGAUUUGUUAGUGGAAAUGGGCAUGCCCUGCUGUUUCUUGGCCUUCCAUGCCCUCUAUAAUCUUGGGACCGCUGUUUCGCCAGUCAUGUGAGGGCGGUCUCAGCGAAACUAUCAACUUGCGGGGAAAUAACUCACAGGAGACUUGCAAAAGGAAGUGGGGUUUUCUUUAAUUUUAUAUGUUAGGAAAGCCCCCACACUGUAAACCGGUGAAUCACAUCCAUGGCGAGAAUUUUGGUGCUCAAUUUUCACUUUAUUAGAACUGCCAAUGCGGUACCUUUCUGGUCCAUCACAUAUUUCCAAGUAUUCCAAAAUUCUAGAGCUUUACUCUGACCAAGCUUUUUGGAUUUUGAAUAUGUUUUUAAGAGGAUAAUGAUAUUGGCUUUAUUGAUGAUA